AUGAAAAUUGAUGAAUGGAUAGCCGUAAUUGCGGGUAUAUUACUUCCACUUCCCAUGAAAUCAGUAGAAUCGCUGAAUGGACCUGUAAUUGCAGGUAUAUGGGUUUUCUUUUCACGAAAUUGGUGA